ACCUUUAAACUACUCACUUCAGGCUUUGCACCACUUGGCUGCCAAGUUUAUGCUGGUGGCAACAAUAGAAAUAAUGUGCUGCAUUUAUCUAAUAAUGCUUCUUCUUCCUUCCGAAGGCAUCCUGACCGUAGAACAAGCUCAAUGUCCUUUGAGUGUCAGCAGUGUGGCAAGUGUUUUAGCCAUUCGGGACACUUUAGGGAACAUGAAAGAGUCCACACUGGGGAAAAGCCUUAUGAAUGUAAACAGUGUGGAAAGUGUUUUGCCAAAGCAGGACACCUAAAGCGUCAUGAAAGAGUUCACACUGGGGAAAAGCCAUUUGAAUGUGAACAGUGUGGAAAGUGUUUUAGCUUAGCAGCACACCUGAGGACUCAUGAAAGAAUUCACACUGGGGAAAAGCCAUAUGAAUGUAAACAGUGUGGUAAGUGCUUCAGCACAUCAGGCGGUCUAAGGAUUCAUGAAAGAUUCCACACUGGUGAAAAACCUUAUGAAUGUAAACAGUGUGGCAAGUGUUUUAGUCAAGCAGCAAGCCUAAGGACUCAUGAAAGAGUUCACUCUGGGGAAAAGCCUUACGAAUGUAAACAGUGUGACAAGUGUUUUAGUCAACCAGGGCACCUAAGACGUCAUGUAAGUGUUCACACUGGAGAAAAGCCACAUGAAUGUAAACAGUGUGGCAAGUGUUUUAGCACACCAGGCAGUCUAAGGACUCAUGAAAGAGUUCACACUGGUGAAAAACCGCAUGAAUGUAAACAGUGUGGCAAGUGCUUUAGUGAAGCAGGAACGCUAAGGAUUCAUGGAAGAGUUCACACUGGAGAAAAGCCGUAUAAAUGUAAACAAUGUGGCAAGUGUUUUAACGUUGCAGGAAACCUGGGGAAGCAUGAAAGAAACCACCCUCAGGAAAAGACACGUAAAUUUUCGCAGAAAAACAAAUGUCUAUCGAAAAGUUCGGAAUCACGUAAACGAAAUAGAGCAGGAGGUGAAAACGUUGAUGUUAGGGCCACAGGUUUUACAGAGAACCAGCAAACAAAGAGAGAAACUUGAGAUACUGGUGUAACAGAUUCACGAUCAGUCAUCAUUGAGAAACACAGCUGUUGGAUUUGUCAAGAGGAGAUGAGUAGUGAGGCUAUUCUUCUUCAACAUUAUGAAAAUCGUAUGACCUAUGUUUGUGACGAUUAUUCUUGAAGUUAAAAAACGUUUUGGUCCUUUUAAGUUUUUUCUCCUUUUUUGGUGCUUUGACAGCAUUUUUAAGUUUUCAACUCUAAAUGUUUGGUUUUGUAAUUUAACGCAUGAUGCCUUAAUACCUGCGGUUCAUUUGAUAUGUAUGAUUAUCAAGUUGGGAUAUACGAUGACAGAACAGCUUUUGUGUUAAUUCUUCGAUAAAAGAAAAACUCGAGUUCAAUGAAUUAGUAUUUAAAUGCAUUAGGAUUAUAGGGCCGAAAUACAUUAGAGACUUUUUUAGCAUAAGAGAAAUGUCUUACAAUUUAAGAGGAAGUGGUGUUAAUCUUUGCGUUCCCAAAUUUAAUCUUAAUUUUAUGAGGAACUCUUUUACUUACAAGUGCGCUCAACUAUGGAAUAAACUUCCAGAAGAUUUCAAGCUGGCCGGUAAUGUUAAUAUUUUUUAAGUCUAAGCUAAGAGCAAUUCAGCUGUAAUUUUUACAUUUUUAUAUAUUUUUUGUAAUUUUUAGAAUUUUUUUAUAUUCGUGUGUACAUAGAUUAUAAAUGAUAAAUUUAUUUUUUAUACUUGAUAUUAUUAUUGUAAUUGUAGAUUUAAUGCACGUUCGUAUUUUGAACAAGCAUUUGUGCUUUUAGAUGAUAACGUGGUUAAAUAAAUUAUUGUAUUGUAUUGUACUGUAAAGUCAAUGCCUUUAAGAUUUAGCCCUUAGAUUGUACGUGAGCACUUAUGGAAGCCUAUCACUUCUCAUGAUACGAAUAGAAAGAGACUUUUUUCUUACAGUGUAAAAAAAUGAUUUCCUACUUUCAUCCAUAUUCUACAGUCUUGUAUUUAUGAUGUUCUCAUAGCCGUGGUUUCUGGAACUCUCCAGUUAUUAAAGUGGAACCUCGGUUACAGUAACGUGUAUGGAAGAGAACCUCGAUUUAACGAAAUCCACGUUAUAACGAACACAAUCCACAAGCGCAAACGUAAAAUCAGGGGCACCCAAGGCAAUUUUCGGAAAAUAUCUGUUCAGAAGACGAUUUGAGAUCUAGAAUUUUCGGAACAUUUUUUGUAAAAUUUCUUGCUUGCCUACCUCUCCUAGGAUUUUCGAGCAUCUAAAAAUUGGUGUAAUUCCCCAUUUUAAACGGAUUUUUACCCUAAAAAGCUCACCUAGAAUUUUCGGGAGCCUUUUUUCUGGCUGAAAUUUUCGAAAAGGUAAGCUUUGAUCCCUAUGAUUUUCGGAUCUCGAGACUUUCAGCUAGGAAAUCCGAACAGAUGAAAAAUUUUUAGGGGAUAAAAAUAUGCCUAUAUCUACCGUUUAAAUACUAAAAUACGUUUAACAAUGCUAUGUUUAAGUGGUUUUGAACUAUAUUCUCGUUGGGUGCCCCUGGUAAAAUAUGCCUCGAUAUAACGAAUAAAUGUCCGCAGCAUGUGAUAAAAGGUGAAUACCAAACAGACCACAAAGUUUAUGUGUAGGAUAGUUUUAAGCAGUUAUGUUUGCCUGUUCUUGAGUUUCUUGUGCCGUAGUUAUGUACAGCUCGAUCAGUGCUGGAAUGUUAUUACAAUAAUUUCUGAGAUCCGGAAAUUAUGGGUUUUGUAAAUUAAAUUACUUGAUAUAUCAAACAUUUUGGUAGUUUUCCCGAAAAUUCCUUAAAUGGAUGUGUUCGAUAUAACGAACAAAUUUCCCCAGUCCCUUGCCACUUCGUUAAAUCAAGGUUCCAAUGUAUAAUAACUCCAUAACUACCAUUUCUAAUAAUAAUAAAAAAAUAAUUCCUUAUUAAUGCUUUUGUAGAAUGUUUAUUGGUGUUGAAAGGCCCUAUGUAUUAAGUUGUAUUAAAGUGCCCCAUUCCAGUAAGUUGCCUGAUACUACUACAACUUUGUGGUCGACUUAAUAAUUCCAAAAAAACCCCACGUAAUUGGUGGUUCAAAUUCGAUUUUUAAUGCCUUUGAUCUCUUGGUGAGUGUUAUUAUUUGUUAGUCCUUGCCUGGUAACCACUCUGGCUGAGAUCAAACCCACUUCACACUAAUUUACCUGUUAUACACAACGAAUAGUAACAAUUUCCAGAGAAGUCGAAACUGUUUUUCAGAUUAUUAGAGACCUUUAGAUUCUAAGACGAGUACGACAACGAGAACAAGAUUUUCUGCGUUAUUUUGGCCGGAAAAUUAGGUAGCCGUGGUCACCGUACUACGAGUUUUGGCGAGAAUGUCGAAGUGGCGGAAACAGGUUAUCAAAUGUGAGAAGUUUUAUCAUUUUACGAUGGGGAGAGGGUGUAACCUCUCUUCGAGUUAUUGCGCAACGUUAGAGAGAGAGAGAGAGCGAAGAAAACUAUGGAAUGGGGAGGGGAGGGACGUUAUUCCUAACUUUCUCGCGUGGAUACGCUUGCUCCGCAGGCUAGAAUUUCAACAAUGUCUUGAACAAGUCAAAUCGGACGGUUCUGGUGUUGCGUCAAAAUAAACCAUUAAAUUUUGCGGGCUUUUGAUACCCCCGCAAUCAUAAUCGAGAAGUUUGACAAUAACACAAUCAAUUUUGAAAAUGAGGCAUAGUUGACGUUAGGGUUAUAGAAAAAAGCUUUGGUUUACCAUGUUCAUCACCGCCUCUCGCCGUUUUUUUUUUCAUUAAUCUACUACUGAUGACCUAAGAAGAUUAUAGCAAAACGACUUUCGCCAGUUAUCUCUGAUUCUCCGCAUUUUGUUAAAAAAAGAGUUUAAAAACUCUUUUUAUUUAACCAAUAGUUUCUGUAAAGUCCAAACACAAAUAUACUAAGGGACUUCUAAAUCUUUGAAUGCAGUCUGAACAAUAUUCGCAAAAGGCCUUAAACAACCUUUGCAUUAGACCUUUUUAACGAUACGUCGAAAAAAAGAUCCUUGUGCCGUGUUUGGAUGUAAUAAUGAUCGCCUUUUUCUAUAUUAGUAUUAGAAAUAUGGUUUUUCGCUGUAUGUUUCUCGAGAAAAAGGCGAUCAUUAUUACAUCCAAACACGGCACAAGGAUCUUUUUUCCCAUUGCAAUCUUAUUCUAAGAAAACUUUACGAAAAAAUGUCCCGAAAAGCGCUCGAAAAUACAAAAGAAAUGUGCUCAUACACCCCUGGGCACCGUAUAAUACUCCUUAAAUCGAAUUAAUUCAAUAUGGCCUCCGUAUCGGUAAAAAGGUCUAUUGUGUAACCGAACCGAUAGGGUGACGACAGUAUUUUUGUCCCUCUCCCUCUAAGUUAGUUUCGUUUUGAAGCAAAUGUAACCCUUGCCCUCCCCCCGAGGAAUAUUGUUCACUCCUUGACACUCGCCGAAGUUUCAAAUUUGCCGCCUCGGUAGUCAUCGGAAUUUUGCAUGUGUAAAGACGCCAUUGUUUAAGUCAAUUUAAAAACGACCAAAUAUGGCCAAUUUUACAACAGAAAACAAUACCUAUUGUUUUCGAAUUGGACCCGCUUUUCUUGAUAAAUGGUCUAUUGUACCGGGUCCAAUUCACUAAAACAAUAGCCUUUUGUCCGAGGUGAUACUGCUGAAAAAAGACCGAACAGUCUGUGCAUGAUCGUUUAAUCUUCAGCGCGACAAAUUUGUAAUACUAGGGGGAGGAGAGAGGUUUUUUCCCUUGAGCGAUGCUUUUGAUCGGAUCGUGCUUUUAUACUGAGAGCUCUGAAGAAAAAUAAUGUGAUUUCAGAAAUACUUUAAAGAGAACGCUCUUAAACCGUUAUUAAAACAAGGUUAUUAUUUCCGCGUCCUACAUUCAAAGGUGCGAUCUUUGAGUGUAAUCCAUACCUUUUUCUAAGAUUAAACGACUUUCGUUCUUAUUCUCACCCAAGCGGCCCAGAAUACGUUUUUAAGACCUUUGUAAUCCACAAACUUUUCCUGCUGAAAAAUUAUUCGACUUUUUUUUUGUGCGCAACUUCAUUCUCCCGAGAAAAGAAAAGAAAAACGAUUUUAGUCUUUAGUUUACUUUUACGAGCAUUCCGAAACGUUAACAACAAAAUGCUUCGAUAGCCUGUGGCCGGAACUUUACGAAGGUGAGAUUUUUGGGAUCAUUGUUGUUCGCUUAUUGUUGUUAGUAUUGGCGAGGGCAAUGAACUCUCCAUCAAUUCCUCUCUAUAAAAAAAUGGACAAGCGAGUUCGAUCACAGACAAAACAUUUGCAGAAAAAUGAGACACACAAGGUUAGAUGUUUUAGAGUUGAAUGAGAUGCGUGACUUUGUCGUCUGUUGUUUUUGUUUGGCCUUUAAUAUUUCAUUGCCAGUAAGCACGAGAAAAGAAAAAUAUUGCUAGAAGAGUUAUAGAACAAUUCCAAAGUCGAGCCAAGUUUUCAUGACGAAAACGCCUUUACGCAGAAGUAGGAUUAGAACGUGCACGCGUGCGGAUAAAACAAGGCACGAACAGGGCACGCUUUAGUUCAAUAGCUGAAUGGGAUAUGAGACUUUUUAUUCAUUCUCUUUGUCAGACAACUGAAGCACCGAAUUUAAAUGCUUUUUUGAUAACACAGUGAAAAGCAAGGAAGCCUUGAGAAGCGAAAUCAAAAGCGACAGUAUGUCCCGCUCUUUUCGAUGAAACACUUUGUAGGAAACUGAAAUGAAAGAUUUUUUUCCCCGGGUAGCCGGGUGUGAAUUUACUCAAAUGAAUCGACGAAGCGCGAGUUUUGAAUGCUGACUUUACCACUUUGAACUUAAUAACCCACUGAGUGCGUGUAUUAGUUAUUAAAAUAAAUCAAUGAAGCGCGAAAUUUGAAAGCUGAAUUUAAAAACUCGUAAAAAAAAUCUUUUCACAAUUAUUAGCCAUAAGUGAAUGUGAUUAUACCCGCUGGAAAAAUGGCUCAUUCAACAAAACCAGUAAGCUGAAAAAGAUCCAAAAAUCCACUCCCCCCAUUUUCUUCUUCACAACCGUCUUUCGACUGUCAAGCCAAGCUCCUAUUCAGGACUACUUUCACCCGGACGAUCAAACUCAACCUUUUGUUCAGAUUUAGUUUCUCUCACAUACGCUGGAUGAUACUUCGUGUGCUUCGUUUUUUGUAAUCCAAGUCUAUGUAAACUGGUUUUUGUCUGCAUUGUAUCACACUGAAGUUACUAGGGUGGCAGAUUUUGACGAAUUUUGACUUGGGAGUAGCUGUUUGUCUGUUUGUCUGUGGAUCACAGUGUCGACGCUCAAAAUAGACAAGAACAAAGCAACAAAACAACCAGAUUAACUAAGAUCAUUGUUUUUUACUCCAUCCUAUAAUACAUUAGUUGUACAAUAAUACAAUAGUUGUACAAUAUUAAUAGUACAUUAGUUGUACAAUAUCAAUUGGUACAAAGUUGCUUAAACUACGUGUACAUAAUAAUGAUAAUAAAAGAAGAAAAUUAGAAUGGAGAAGGGCACAUUAUAGUAGAACUAAUCAUGGCCCUUUAACAAGAUUGACUUUAUUCUUUUGUAGUUUUGGUUAUUUAUUAAAACACAAACAAUUUGUCAACUCUGGUCAUGGCCACGUGGAAUUCGCCGUUUAGAGUAUCGAACUUUAGGUUAAGCGACUCUGUAGUUCUUUCGAGUUUUUGUUCGAAAGUUUUCAAGUCUUCUUUGAAUUUUGCUUGAUUGUUCUUUAUGGUUUCGACAUCCUGUCGAAUCGUUUCCAGGCAGUCCUUCACAUACGAUUGAAAACUAUCGUCAUUCACGUCUUGCUUCUUUCCUUUCUUUGACAUGUUCAAAUAAAAGACAACAGGAACUCUUACACAGGAACUCUUACACGAAAAAAACUAAAGUAUUUAAAGACACAAAAAGGCAACGCAAACUAUAGCUUCAAAAAACGUGGCCAUCAUCAUCGCUGACCGCUGACCAAUCUAAGAUCAUAAAGAAUAAAUGUUCCGAGUUUAUUGAAUUCGCUCGAUUGCUUUGUUUUGCUGUAGCGCUGCUCAGUUUGCCUGGUCCACGUGGCCGAUACAAUAGUGGAGGAGGCCUGAACGUGCCGGUGCGAAUGACUGUGGCAUUGCCUAAAAGGGACGCUAUAAAGAAAAAAGAAAACCUCUUUAACGAAGCAUGAUAUUCACUCUGUGAUUGAGGAUAAAGUUGUAAUAUGGCAAUAUAGUCUUGUUCUUCCUGGGUAUUCUUGUUCUUCUUCUUGCAAAAAAUACGCUAUACUGUACACUGAUUCGCCAAAACCACACCCUAGGAAAAGGUAACAUUCUGCAAAACACGCUCAAUUUUCCAGUAUUAACGACCCAUUUUCAGUCGAUUAUAAAGUUCGACCAUCCAACCUAAUGGAACUCAAUAUAUUCAGGGGCGGAUCUAGGAGGAGGGUGCAGGAGGUGCGCACCCCCCGCUCCUGAGAUGACCUGCGGUUUUCUAAUACAACUGCAGGAGCCUAUCUGACAACUGGUAUUCUGCAAAAAAAAACUUUGUGGUUUAUUGGUGUUGAAGUAGAGCAAGAGACGAGUGCACUCCCUCCUAAAAAAAAAUCCUGGAUCCGCCCCUGAUAUUAUUCUAUCAUUACGGCAACCAGCUCGAACGCCUUAGCUCCUUUGGUUGCUGUGCACUCACUGAUCAUGUUUCUCUUCUUGCUAUUACUAUCACUGGACGAAAAAACGGAUUUGCCUAAGUUUGCUAGUUGAGCAAAUCUAUUGUAAAUUUAGGGUACUAAUGUUGCUACUUAUUUGUUCUUGGUGCAAAUUUUGUUCGAACGUGAAAGUUUACUUUUCUGCAAGGGUGGCGUAAAUGUGGAGUAAAUAUCAAGUUUACAGAUAUUUUGUUUCACUUUUGCUCCCCAUAGUAAAUUUGGUGUUUAGAUUCAAAUUUGCCGCCAUUUUGUUCUCUGUGUAAAAAUCGAACGUCAAAAAUGAAUGUUUGCUUGAUAUUUUCUGGCAUAGCAAAGUUACUGUGUAAAUUUAUGGUUACUAGAGGCGUAAAUUUAAGCAAAAUAUGAUCAAAGAACUAUCUUUACGACCACUUUAACCAACGUUUGCACAUUUACCAAACUUCACAGCGUUAUUUCACGCAAGUUUUGAUUUUCCAUUGCCUCGUUUCAAUCACCAUCACAUUCUUCUCAAAGUUUAUCAUAUUACUUGCUGCAGCUGGUUAUUUCGGGUAAGGCCAUCCCCUCUUUUUUUUCGUUUAGCGUCGAAUACGUUUCCUGAUAUUGGGUCGGUGGCUCGAAAAAAAAAAAUUUCGCAAGAAGUCUCGGAAUAGGAGGCCCUGACGUAAAACGUUACCAUUUACAAUCUGGGUGAACAAAAUGCACAAUAUGUGGAAGGUUUGAACCCAGGAGUCGCUUCAAUAGUAGAUUGCAGAGUUUCAUCGUCCGGGUGAAUGUAGUCCUGAAUGCACUCCGUCGCAAGAUCAGCCGCCAUGUUUGUUAUUUCCCAGGCUUCUACGUGACUUCGGCACAUGCGCGAUUUGAUUUACAUUGUCACGUGCGGCUUUUGAACCAAUAGAAUAGUGUAAAAUAAACUUUCGUUGAACAGUUCAAAUUCACGCGGACUUCACAAGCGAUACAGCGUUGCAAAACGAGUAGUUUUGUUAUUUUCGGAUAAUAGAAAGCCUGUCUUUCUAUUCAGCUGUUCUAUUACGAUUUAUACCUUUGUUAUUUUCGAGAGACAGUGAUCAGUUGCGAUAUUCUUCACAUAUAUAAAGCCUGUUUCCAAGUCAUCAACUCAGCUGGAUUGCAGAAAGGUAUGUUCUUCUUGAUAUCGUGGUUCGUUUACUUACUUUGGUUUUCUAAUAACUUUGCGUAAGCUUAAAACCUCAAAGAUAAAUCUUAAAAUUUAAGAUGCAUGCACAGAUAUGCCAUUGAUUGAUUCCUUUUUGUUUACUGCAGAAAUAACUGUACUCUUUGUUGCGCAUCGUCUUCAUUAAUGGAAUAAUCUUAAGUAGCCAGAUCUUGAGCUGUGCAGGCAAACAUUUCUUUUACACCAACAUAAGUCGGUGAUGUGACCUUAGCAUGCCCAUAAUUCAGUAAUUUGGCUUGUUGUACAGCUGAGUUAAUAUGUUAGAUCUUUGUCAUGGGGUUACUGUACUUUUCAGGUGACAGCACUUGACAAAGCAGUGGUCACUAUAAUUUAUUAUUUAAUAUUCUACUGCAUUUCAAAUGACAAAUGAUUAAUUUUUCCUUUUAAAAUUUUUACGGUCAAAAACUCUUGUUUUACAUCUAUACAUAAUUAUGGUUCAGUGAUAUUCUGAAAUCUUAAUUUGGUUCAUUUUGCAAGUGACGGCAUAAGUUUGCCAGAUCUUGAAGCAUAUGUGUCAUUCUGAGUGACCAUUAUAUUGUAUUAUUGUUCCACAUUUAAAUGAAAAAUGAUUCCUACGUUCAUAAAUUGUACCAUCCAAAGCUCUUAUGGUUUAUACAUAUGGUUCAGUGAUACUGUGAGAUCUUAAUUUUGGUUCAUUUUGCGAGUGACGGCACUUGCCAGAUCUUGAAGCCUACAGUAUGUGUCAUUCUGAGUGACCACUGUAUUAUCAUUCCACAUUUAAAUGACAAGUGAUUCUUAUUUCAUAAAUUGUACCAUCCAAAACUCUUAUGGUUUAUACAUAUGGUUCAGUGAUAUUGUGAGAUCUUAAUUUUUUUUCAUUUUGUGAGUGACCGCACUUGCCAGAUCUUGAAGCCUAUGUGUCCCUCUGAGUGACCACCGUAUUAUUGUUCCACAUUUAAAUGACAAUUGAUUCUUCUUUCAUAAAUUGUACCAUCCAAAACUCUUAUGGUUUAUACAUAUAGUUUAGUGAUAUUGUGAGAUCUUAAUUUUGGUUCAUUUUAUGGUGAUGGCAUAUGCCAGAUCUUGAAGCCUAUGUGUCAUUCUGAGUGACCACCGUAUUAUUGUUCCACAUUUAAAUGACAAGUGAUUCUUCUUUCAUAAAUUGUACCAUCCAAAACUCUUAUGGUUUAUACAUAUGGUUCAGUGAUAUUGUGAGAUCUUAAUUUUGGUUCAUUUUGCGAGUGACGGCGUAUGCCAGAUCUUGAAGCCUAUGUGUCAUUCUGAGUGACCACCGUAUUAUUGUUCCACAUUUGAAUGACAAGUGAUUCUUCUUUCAUAAAUUGUACCAUCCAAAACUCUUAUGGUUUAUACAUAUGGUUCAGUGAUAUUGUGAGAUCUUAAUUUUGGUUCAUUUUGCGAGUGACGGUGUAUGCCAGAUCUUGAAGCCUACAGUAUGUGUCCUUCUGAGUGACCACCAUAUUAUUGUUCCACAUUUAAACGACAAGUGAUUCUUCUUUCAUAAAUUGUACCAUCCAAAACUCUUAUGGUUUAUACAUAUGGUUCAGUGAUAUUGUGAGAUCUUAAUUUUGGUUCAUUUUGCGAGUGAAGCCUAUGUGUCAUUCUGAGUGACCACCGUAUUAUUGUUCCACAUUUAAAUGACAAGUGAUUCUUCUUUCAUAAAUUGUACCAUCCAAAACUCUUAUGGUUUACACAUAUGGUUCAGUGAUAUUGUGAGAUCUUAAUUUUGGUUCAUUUUGCGAGUGAAGCCUAUGUGUCAUUCUGAGUGACCACCGUAUUAUUGUUCCACAUUUAAAUGACAAGUGAUUCUUCUUUCAUAAAUUGUACCAUCCAAAACUCUUAUGGUUUACACAUAUGGUUCAGUGAUAUUGUGAGAUCUUAAUUUUGGUUCAUUUUGCAAGUGACGGCGUAUGCCAGAUCUUGAAGCCUAUGUGUCAUUCUGAGUGACCACCGUAUUAUUGUUCCACAUUUAAAUGACAAGUGAUUCUUCUUUCAUAAAUUGUACCAUCCAAAACUCUUAUGCUUUAUAAAUAUGGUUCAGUGAUAUUGUGAGAUCUUAAUUUUGGCUCAUUUUGCGAAUGACAGCACUUGCCAGAUUGUGAAGCAUAAGUGUCCUUCUGAGUGACCACCGUAUUAUUGUUCCACAUUUAAAUGACAAUUGAUUCUUCUUUCAUAAAUUGUACCAUCCAAAACUCUUAUGGUUUAUACAUAUGGCUCAGUGAUAUUGUGAGAUCUCAAUUUUGGUUCAUUUUGCGAGUGACGGUGUAUGCCAGAUCUUGAAGCCUACAGUAUGUGUCCUUCUGAGUGACCACCGUAUUAUUGUUCCACAUUUAAAUGACAAUUGAUUCUUCUUUCAUAAAUUGUACCAUCCAAAACUCUUAUGGUUUAUACAUAUGGUUCAGUGAUAUUGUGAGAUCUUAAUUUUGGUUCAUUUUGCGAGUGAAGCCUAUGUGUCAUUCUGAGUGACCACUGUAUUAUUGUUCCACAUUUAAAUGACAAGUGAUUCUUCUUUCAUAAAUAUUGUACCAUCCAAAACUCUUAUGCUUUAUAAAUAUGGUUCAGUGAUAUUGUGAGAUCUUAAUUUUGGCUCAUUUUGCGAAUGACGGCACUUGCCAGAUCGUGAAGCAUAAGUGUCAUUCCAAGUGACCACUGUAUUACUGUUCCACAUUUUAGAUGACAAUACCUCAUUAUUUAUACCUUUUGUACAGCUCAAUGAUGUUGAGGGAUCUUUGUUAAUUCAUUUUGUGAGUAAAUGCUUUGGCUUUAUCAUGCCAAAUAACCACAAUUAAUUAAUUAUUGUUCUAAGCAACAUGUGGGUUGCCUUAAUGUUACGUUUCUCAGGUUCUGACCGGUUUUACGGUUUAUGUGUACAGUUGAGUCAUGGCUGUGCUCUGUUAGAGCCUGGUGACCUGUGGGACACUAUCAGUUCUGCUCUUGAAUGACAAGGGAAUUAAUUUAUUUCAGUUUUUAUUUACACUUAAAAGAGUCUUAAUGAAACAAAUGCAGAUUCAACAGAAAGAAGCAUUUUGCUCUCUACUUUAACACCUGCUCCAAAAAACAUAUUAUAUAUUUAAUGAAAAAGUUAGUAGGAAUAAAAUGCAGGGGGAAAUUUUUCUCACAAAUAUCCUCAAACUGUUCCUUUGAUUAAGAGAGUGUUUUCAGCUUUUAGCAUCGUGUCAUUGUUCUGCAACCCAAUCAUUUACACUGAGUAUGAGCAGUAUAUGCUUGUUUACCAACUGUGGGUUACUUGUUGGCUGCUAAAUCAUGGCUCUUCAUUUUUCUUUCAGAAGGUCCAAUAUGCUCUCAGGGAGUCAACUAGCAUCAGUUAGUCAGACAAGGACAAGUACCGUGCAUGUAUGUCCGUUGCAUAUAUGUCAUCAGAGGAGUCUUUGUCUGAAACAGCUGUUUCAGAGUGGCAUGAAGGUAAUUCUUCAGGUUCAGAUGAGGACCUCCCAAACAGGGAAAAUCUCUGUGUAAGUCCACUUUCCUGGCAGAGCAUUGAGGUUAAUGGUUUAAUGGCCCAGUUGGACCGCAAAGUUGCAUGGUGUCAAAGCCAACGAAGUGAAAAUUUGCCAUCUUUGCAGAGCUGUCCUUGUUAGUUUGGACCGAAUCCCUCUGUAACUUGGCAACUUUACUGAAUUUUAAAAACCUUCCAUCUAGUAGCCUGUAAAUGCAGCUGUAUUUUCAGUCGUUGUGUCCAUUCACCCAACAUAUGUAAUUGGAGAUACAUCUGCAUCCACUUUCCGCAGUCAUGACAGAUCCUAGGGCUACCCUAAGCGCUGCCUUAAAUAGUGCCACUCCGAGGACUAAAUCUAGCCAAUACACCCCAUAGUAGAGUAAUUACUGGACUCCAAAUGCCAUGAUCCUAUUUUGUUCUUGGCAUAUUUUAUGAAAAAAGAGUGCAGUUAUGUUUUAUGCACACAAAAAAAAUACCGUGUGUGAUAACAGUUUUUUGAUAAGCAUGGCUUAAAUUUUAAUCACCUGCAUGCCAAUAACAAUAAUGAUGAUGAUGAAUUAAAGAGCUUUCAUAGUGUAUAGAUUGUGUUUGGAUAAUUUGGAUAUUUAAUCAGUCCAAUACUGCAAGCAAAACAGCUGAUCAUGUGAAUCAGAAAAAAAUUGCUCAAAUUUUUAGCAAAUAAUUUGAUUUUAGUUAAAAAAAAUAAAUGUAAUAAAUUAUUUAUGGUCACAUAAUAAUACAAGAAUUUCACCAAAUCAUAUUAUUUACAGUGAUAUAAUAAUAAUAAUAAUAAUAAUAAUAAUAAUAAUACAAGUAUUUAACCAAAUCAGUGGAUAUUAGAUUUGUUUUCAUAACUUGAAAAGCUUUUGGCUACCUAUAGGAUGAGAGUAAAAUUGGGGGUGUCAUUUCGUGCUAGUUUUAGAAGUUUAGCAGUAAAUGAAGCACCGGCAAAAUAAAAUACAUGUACAUGCUAAAAAGGUGACAAAAUUAACCUUAUAAGUGUUUACUGCUGGGUAAAAAUAUAUCAAAGUCGUACCCAAAUCAUAGAAAUGCACAGAGCUUUCGCAUAGUAACUCGUUUUAUUUACAAGAAAUAUUUUUAUAUAUAGCUGAUUUGGUUAAAGAUGAUUCAUACAGAUGUAUCUCCCCUUGGGGUAAGUGAAUAGCACUAGGUACACUAUAUAAUAUUAUUCACUGCCCAUUUUGGGUAGUGGAUAAUAUUUAUCAGAUGAAAACAAGUUCUUAUAAAUAAUAAUUAGAGGAAUAUCGCUUAUCAUAAUAAUUUGAGGCUAAUUUUAUUUCCAGUGGUUGAUGUUCUGUCCAUUAGUAAGGAUGUCACAUCUACAUUGGGAGUGAUGUGUACGUGUUGUCAUCGUACAACCAUUUGCCAAUAGUAUCAAUUGAAUCUAGAAAGAGUAUAUUUGAAGUAUACCACUCAAAUGGAGUUACGUUUUACCUGUACCAACCUUAGAUAAUUAUGAACCAGCUAGUGUUGACUUGCACUUUCAAACCCAAUGUACAUUCUUAUACACUUAUGAAUUUAGAUAGUUUCACAUUGUAUGUGCUUUUUAUUUAAAGGCAUAUAUUUUGUGGUACAUGCAGUGCCCUGCAGAGGCCAAUGGAACUUUCUUUUAAUUUAUCUUGCUUUUUAUUGUACAGUGUAUAUUAAAGAUAAUAAAGUCAUUUUAUUCUUGAAAUUUUGUUUGGUGUCUAAAUUGUUUGUCAGGCAUUUAUGGUAUGGUAUUUUAAUCAACUUUGUUUACCUUACUUAAAGUAUGGAAAACUGCUAUCAUGGCAAUAUUUGCCAUCCUGAGCAAAGAUACAGAAGAACUGAUAUUUGAUCAACUUUGCUACAAUGGGGAAAAGUAUGGGAAACUACUGUUUUGAUCAUAUCUGCUAUCCUGAGCAAAAUUGAGAAUAAAGUGGUAUUUGGCCAAAUUUGCUACCCUGAGCAAAACAGUGGCAAACGCCUAUUUUGAUCAUAUUUGCCACACUGAGCAAAGAUACGGAAGAAGUGAUAAUUUGACCUCAUUUACAACACAUGGCGAUACACAAAUAAAGUGAAUUUUUGCUCAGAUUUACUAUCCUGGGCAAAACUGUUGAAAAAUGAGUUUUGGUCACUUUUGCUACAUUGAGCAAAAAUGUGGCAAAUUACUACUUUGACCGAAUUUGCUAUAGAGAGCAAAAGCAUUCAAAAAUUCAUCUUCGAUCGCUUUUGCCCAUUUGGGCAAAAACCUGACAAAUGUCAGUUUUGCUAUCAAGUUUGACACCCCUGUAAAUGCCUUGAUAAAGUAAAGGUUAUCCUUGUUUUUACACACGGGGCAAAUUUGAGGCAAAUUCGGCAUUUACCACCUUUGCCACUAAUGCAAAAUUAUGGCAAAGUUGGUCCUGUGUCAUGUGGCAAAAUUGAGCAAAAUUAAGCAAAUGUGGCAUUUGCAGAUGAUUUGCUCCAAAUUUGCUAUAGAGGUAAAUCCGUUUUUUCGUCCAGUGUAUAUGUUUAUUUUUUCUUCUUUGUCUAAAUGAUGUGCGAUAUGUAGUAAUCUAUGGAAACAGUGCGAAUAAACAAUGAAUUGAAUUGGGUUCGAGUUUAAUUACUAAAAUUUGUGAGAGUUCGAUUGUGUUCGAUCACCGAACUUAAUCGAACCUUGUCGUUCGAUGAAAAAACACUUUGAUUUGGUUACGCCGGAAACGGUAGACCGUCUACCACGUACCAAUUUUGAAAGUUUGAAAGCAGAUUUCAUCAUCCUCUGAUUUAUAGUAAGUAGCUUAACAUAACUUUUGGUGCAACUGACAAUAAGUUCAUUAUCACUGAGAACCGGACGUAUUUAUAAGAGAAUGGAAUUCUCUUUGAAAGGCAUGGAACCCGGGAAAACAACAGAAGUCAAAGUUCAAUCACAGAUUCAGAUAUGGAUGCGUUUUGUUGUAUUUUGCUAGUAACCGAGGACCGUCACGGUUUUUCAUCGAUCUGAUCAAAGUCCUUGGAUUUCACUCCACCCCGGCGCUCCGCACCUGCCUCGGGCUUGGCCUUGCUUGCCUGAAAAACUCGAAAAAAUAACUCAUGGGGCUGCAGCCUGGAGGAACAUGGCCGACGAGCCCAGCCGUCUCUUCUCCAAUCGCGUUUCUUGUUGUCUAUCUCAAAGCUCUUAUCUGAUAAACGACUUGCACUAAGAAGGAAGAGCCCCCAUCCACCCUCCCCCCUCCCUAACAGAAGGGGCGCUUUCCAUUUAGAUAAAAAAUCUGUAAAGUUCGGGGAAACACAAAUGGGGUGCGUUCGAUUGGGAAAUCUGGAUGUAGAUUUUAAAAUCCGGUUUCGGAUUUGCAAUCGAACGCGAAAUCCGAAAAAGGAUUUCAACGCUGAGAUAUCUGUUUUUACCGUUCGAUUAAGAAAUCCGAAAAAGGAUUUCAAAAACUGUCCUUACGAUCAGCGGUCUUGCACGCGCACGCAUACUUAGCAAAAAAGAAGACCACUGUUCACGAGAAUAGUUUCUGAUCUCCCAAUUGAACGGUAAAAAGGAAAUCCAUGAAAUCCGGAUUUGGAUUUCUUAAUUGAAAUCCACCCUGCGAACGAAUUUCUCGGAGGUGAAAUCCGUUUUCGGAUUUCGCGUUCGAUUGGGAAAUCCGGAUUUAGAUUUUGAAAAUCUAAAUCCGGAUUUCCCAAUCGAACGCACCCCGGAUUUUCCGAUAGGUCAAAAGUUGUUGCAUUUGAUCGUAAGUUAAGCUCCGGUUCGGCGCCGAACCCGUUACCCGACGAGACACCAAGAUGGCUGCCGAGUUGAAAUGUGUAAAUGGAAUACGAAAUUCCGUUCGGAACGUUCCAACCGGGAAAACGGGCCUACCUUUUAGAUUUUCCACUUAUUCCGAGAAUUUUCCAGUGGGACGAGCCGACGAAACGUUUUCCACUUACUGCCGAACCGAAAUUUCCGGAAAUUUUGACGAAAUGCAAAGUGCCCUCGAUCUCCGACGAUCUUUCCCGGACCGACCCUCGGACCCGAACUUUGCACUCUCCCCAGGUUUCUCUCACAAGGCAAAAAUUAAGAUGGCGGCCAUUUGUUUAAUUUCAGGGGGUUUCCUGGUUGCAUAUUGCCUCGUGUGAUUUGAUCAAGGCGGGAACAUUUUGUUAGUUAAGGUAAGACAAGCUUUCAGUACAUUAAGGAUACGUUCAGUUGUGAAAAAUGCAAUCAUUUUUUACCUCAAACAAGCAUAUUCAGAACCAGCUGCGCAGCUACCGAUUACAGGUCAAUACAAGGAAAGGUUUCCAUAGGACAUUGCAGUCCUCGUUCGAAAUCUUUCAAUGAUACCGCAAUAUCUAUGCUACGAAAUUUCAUUUUUGCUGUGAAAUAAGGAUUUGCCGCCAACUUGAAGGGAAUUUACAUCAUGAUCGAUCACUUGACUGGAACUACGCUCGGGCUCGACGGCCUGUAGUAACCAGUGUAGUAAGUCAAGCAUAUCAUUCUUAUUGCAGCGUAAUAGGGCCGAUAAACCAAUUUAUUUGUGAUCAUUUUACACUCCCUGUAAGCUGCGGAAGUUGAGGUAAAUUGUGCGAACGUAGAAGUAUCCUUUAUUGCACUUUGACUGAAAAUAUAUUCUAUGGAGUAACUGUUCUUCCUUUUGAGGGCGUCUCUUAACACAGGGCGCUCACGCAAUGUGUGUGUAACUGUAGUUAAGUAAAUGUGCUGGAUUUACCGUUUGCUUCACCUAUAGCAAUAUAUCGCUAAGUAUGUCUAUAAAAUCAAUAUCAAAAUUAAGAAACGUUGAAUUACCUUACUUGUGGUAUAUUGUUGUCCUUUUGCCUCAAAAACGGUUUUUGAGCGAUUUUGAAGGAUUUUGAGUUCACCGUUUACUGUUUCUAAUAAUAGAACGACAAGGGAGGUAUCCUUGUUUUGAAAGGGCUCCAGUGCCGGAGCAAUUUUCCCUUAGAAAAUUGCAUCACUUUGCUUUUAAACUUCACGUCAAUAAGGUCAAAAGAUUCACACUUCUGCUUGUACCUUCCAAUUGAAAAUCCAUCGAAAAAGUGUGGAGGUAGCCCUUGAAGAAAAUUGAAACCCCACAGUUUUUGAAUGGUCAAAAUGCGUAGCAAGAUUCAUAGGUGCCAGCCAGAAACUGUCCCACUGAUUGCCUCUUUUUGAUCGGAUGUUGUUAAACAAAUAAACGCUUACCAAGUCUUCUUUCGUUGCCUCUUCUUCAAAAAGAGGUAAUAAGCGGAACAGUUUCUGGCUGGGACGUAUGAAUCUUGCUAUGCAUUUUGACCGUUUAAAAACUGUGGGAUUUUAAUUUUCUUCAAGGGCUACCUCCUGACCUUUUGGAUCAAUUUUCGAUGGGAAGGUACGAGAAGAAGCGUGAAUCCUUUGACCUUUUUGCGGGGUGAUGCGAUUUUCUGGGGAAAACUGCUCUAGUGCUGGAGCCCUUUCAAAACAAGGAUUCCUCGCUUGUUCUUCUAUUAUUAGGAGCAGUAAACGGCGAACUCAAAAUCCUUCAAAAUCGCUCAAAAAAAACAUGUUUGAGGCAAAAAGACGCUGAUAUACAACAGGUAAGGUAAUUCAACGUUUAUCUAACAUUGAUUUAUAUACAUACCUAGCGAUAUAUCAUUAUAGAUGAAGUAAACAGUAAAUCCAGUACAUUAACUAUAAAAUAACAAUCGGUUACACACAACCAUUGUGUGGGUGCCCUGUGCUCUUACUUUAAAGAAGGCAACAAAUUUUUAUGCACCAGUCAAAGUAAACCUGACCCCCCCCCACCCUGGGCUAUAGGUGGGGAUUGGUUCUGAAUAGCAAACUAAACCUGACAAAUGCCACUGUGAAACCUUUGAAAAAUCUUUUACAUAUUGCUCUAGUUAGAAGAACUUUUUCAGAGAUUUUAUGCUAUUAAAUUUGAACGAUGAUAUACACUGUAGCUUCUAUACCAAGAUACCAAGAUACUGCUCAGUACAAUUUAUAUUCAGCAGGGGAAAAUUGUGAAAGUUGAGCAGAACUUUCAAAAUGUACAACAGACAAUUUAUUCAGUUCGCACGUAUUCCUGUUGAUUUGUUGCUUAAAUAUAAGUUUACACUUCAAGACCAGCAGUUUCAAAUCUUACGAUUCUCAUCAGUUGCCAUGUGGUGGGAUGGUUGAAGGGAACUCUGAACUGUUCUGUAUUGCGUGGUUUUGUAGGCGUUUAUAUAUCCACCCUGGUUUGUUUGGAGGAUUGAAAAUUGUGCAGUUUGAUUGGCUCCUUCUCAAACUAAUUAAUUAUUCAUACGGUUAUAAGCCAAUCGGAGUGCCCCAUUUUGGUCAGCUGGAUGUGUCUUGAUACCCAAUGAAAAUCUAGAUCAAGAUUACUCGGUUUGGGGUUUACUUUGGUGCAUUAUCCAGCAUCAUUUUCUGAUCAACUCUCUACAAUAUAUCUCGAAGUAUUAACCCUUUAAGUCCCAGUAAUGACCAACAUCAAUUUUCUCCUAACAAUAUCCAUAUGUUGCCAAGACAAAUGGUUAUGAGAGUUCAUAAAAUGAUCACUUAACAGAAAAUGUUUUGAUCUGUUUACAAACUCUCUAAACUACUAUUCUUUAAGGAAAUGUAUGAAAAUCAGUAUGGAGAAUUUGUAUGUGGAUAUUGGGACUUAAAGGGUUAAAUCUAUGUAACAUCAAUCUUUCCAACCUGAGUGAUUUUCAUCACUCUCAACAAUAACUGAGUGAUUUUCACUCUUUAAAAUUAAUGUACCGGUAUACAUGCUAGCCUAGCCUGUGUACAGACUCCCCCUCUCCUCAUGAUAAAUCGGAGAAGGGGCGUCUGUGAUUCACCAUUGCUAAUCCUUUAUGGGAAAAAUUUUGCAUAAAUUAAAAAAAUUGUUUCCACUGACCAAAAUUUCUGUGGCUCAUGUUUCAUGCCAUUCUAGUUGUCAAAAUGUUUCAUGUGACUUAUUUCCAUUGGGCAAUUGAGAGGGUGAGACAUUUUAAAAAUCGGUUUACUUCAUACCGAGCAAGAAAAAUGUGUUUACAAGCUCUUAUUAAAGAAAAAGAUCCAUGAUCUUAUGAAAGCCUUCCCACUGGAUGCAGAGAGUCAUUACCGGUAGUUUAGAAUAAAGUGUUGACAGGUCAGAUGCUACGAGUAACAGGUAAUCCAUUCAUUUUCCACACAUUCCAGGAAAAAUCAUGUGGCCUCCAAACACGAUUAGUAAUGGUGAAUCACAGAUGCCCCUUCCCCUAUUUUUGCCGGAGGGAAGGGAGGCGGGGAAGUGUUCAGAGUGGCUCAGUCAUGUUUUCGCUCUAACUAUAUAAAAACUAUUAGUGUCAGCAUAUGGAUGUUGUACAAGAGACGUCAAACAAAAGUAUAAAACCACUACUGACUUUGUGGUCCUUGUAGAAGUUCUGGCUUUUCGCUUUGAAAAUCGGCUACUUUAGUCACUAUUUUGUAUGGGAGGGCACGUUUGAGGCUAAAUAUUUGUUCGACAAGUCACUUUAUCCAUUGUUCAACAUGUGGUUAUGUUAGUCUGACAAUUAAGGAAGACUCUCUGAAAGUUUGGUACGAUUACGUUGUUUUAGCCUCCGUAGCAAGCGUUUCCAAUCGAGUUAUUGCGCGAAAGUUAGAGCGGAAGCAAAAAAAGGUUGAAGGGGGACGGGGAGGGGAGAAGAGGAAACGCUUGCCCGCAAAACCCACGAUUCUGGAAAACACCCCUUGAUAUUUCACGGUUCGGUUCAUUUGUAAAUUGACAGCUCGUCAAAAUAGAAACAUAACGAACAUAUUACCCCUGGAUUACCAGAUAUGUAAAAUUACUUUGUUCCCUAACAGAACACGUUGCAGGCGAUUGUAAGAACUGUAACAAAAAAGAUUUACGAUAAAAGAAAGUUAAAAAUAUGAGCGAUUACUGCGGAAUUUCUUGUUUUUUAUUGUGUGGCUUUAUCUCGUCUGAAACCUUGUCGACACGUCAAAGAUGAUUAGUCCGGAACAAUUCACUCCGCCGGCUAUAAGUUUUGCAGAGUGGCUGCUCUUCAGCCUGUGUCGAAACGUUCUCUACAAUAGAUGCCGCUAAAUUUCCAAUAAACAAAAAGAAUCUUUUCAUUUCAAAAAGCUGACAAAUCGCUUGUCCAUGGCGCCUUUAGCUACUGUCAAGUACCGAUGUUCUGAUUUAUGUUGAUGUUAUCUCCAACAAACAGUCCAUUUUUCCGGUCAGAUCCGCACGCCGUCAUUCCCAAUAAAUUGGCCUUCCCUAGUCUCCACUGCCCGAUCUCCAAUUAUACUUUGAAGACUCUGAUCUCAUAAACCUUCGCACAAACACGAUUCCAAUAAAUAUCAGUCCAAAGCAUUUGUAAUCUGCGACCACAAAUCAGAUGAGAGCAGAUCUAUGACGCACGAAAACAAAGCAUGCCUGGUUUGAUUGAUGUUUCGAAUGCUAAGUAAUCAACACUACACGCACCGCGCCAAUCAGAAGCUGCAUUCGUGGGCGAACGCAGUUUUUCAAAAUCGUGGGGUUUACGGGCAAGCGGUUCUUUCGUUCCCCUCCCCCUCCCCCGUCAUUCAUUUUUUUUUGCUCUUGUCCCAGCUUUCUAGACGAACCUCGCGAAGAAACGCUUGCUGCGCAGGCUAACGUUGUUUGGAAGUUCUUGCUUUUCGUCAAUUUCUAAAAGUACUCCUGUUCGUUUUCGUUCGUAAAUACCCGGGACACGCCCGACUUGUUUUGAAACUCUCGCCUGCAUAUUAAUGUUUUGAUCAAUUAAAACGGAUCGAAAUUUGAGUAAUUAUCUCCCACAAUGUUCCUUGACAGUUGAAAAUAAUUUGCAUAAACUCAGUGCAAAUGCUUUCCAGCUGACAUGGCCCCUUUAAAAGUGGUUUGAAAUAAUAUUCAUUAGUACGAGAUUUUCUCCGGAUAAAAUAUCACCAAUUGUUCUUACUGUUUCCUGUAAGGCAUUGGCAGUUCCACUUACUAACCUUAUAAACCACUGCAUAACCAUUAAUGCUUGGCCAAGCUUGUGGAAACGUAGCAAUGUGAGCUCCCUUUACAAGAAAGAUAGUCCUACUGAUAAGGUCAACUAUCGUUUAGUGUCUGUGUUAACACGUUUCUCUAAAAUCUUUGAAAGAGUUCUGCAUGACCAAAAAAAAAUGACUUUGCAAAGUUAAUACUAGGUGAUAGUCUGUCUGGCUUUCUGAAAGGUCACUCAUGUGCAACUGCUCUCCUUAAAACGACUGAUGAUUUCAGAGAUUCUCUGGAUAAUAAGGAUCAUUGUAUUGCUACUGCAGUAGACUUAUCCUAGGCCUUUGACUCAAUCUCUCACAGCCUACUUAUUUCCAAGAUAAAUGCUUAUGGCUUUACCGAAAAUCCAGUAAAUCUUAUUCGCUCAUUUCUGUGUGAUAGAUUUCAACGUGUUAAGAUUGGAAACACCUACUCAGACUGGAAAACAAUCCAACACGGUGUUCCGCAAGGAUCAAUAUUUAGGCCUCUUCUAUUCAACCUAUUCAUUAAUGAUCUCACUUAUUCUGUCGACGAUGCUAAACUAAGGCUUUAUGCUGAUGAUAGUUUACUGUAACUAUCACACCCUAACCAAGAUGUGUUAGAGACAAGGUCUCAGAGCAAGUUCGAUGUGCUUCAGUCAUGGUUCAAGUGUAAUUACUCAAGUAUAAACGAAUCUAAAACUAAAGUGUUACCACUGGGUGACAAUCCGCCAUACUACGAAUUGUUUGAUGACUGUACUAGGCCACCCUUGGAGGUGGUACACGAUAUGAAGUUACUUGGUCUAACCAUUGACAGCUCCCUAUCGUUUAAAGCCCAUAUUAAAUCUGUAUGUAAUAAGGAUAAGGUUAAAGUUAGUGCUCGUAGAAGAGUUCGUAAAUUCGUACCUUCAGAAGUGAUGGUUAAUAUUUACAAGGCCCUUAUUUUGCCACACCUAGAGUACUGUAGUCUUAGUUGGGUUAUCAUCUGGUCUUUCUAAUAAACUGGAGCUUACUAAUCAGUACGCCAUUAGCACUCUUUUGAACAUGGCUAAGUCAACCUCAUAUAGCGACCUACUUACCUAUGUGGGACUAAAGGUCCUAGAGCAUCGUAGAUAUUCCCAUGCUCUUUCCCUUUUUUACAAAUGCUUAUACAAUAUUGGGCCGAAUAUUAUUAAGGAGAUGUCCUUAUUUCGUAAUAAUGAAUAUGACCUCGAGGCUUCUGCAACCUUAAUCAGCCUGCCUAUAACAGUAGAUUCAUGCAUAGGUCAUAUCAUUACAUCACCUCAAGAUUAUGGAACAAUCUGCCUGACUAUGUAAGUCAAUGCUAGGUGAGGUCAACUUGACUACCAGAGUUGAGUUUAAUUGUAACUUUUGUACAUAAUUUGGAUUCUAUACAGCUAGAUUCCUCUUAGCUUUGUUGAUUGUCGUAUAUUUUCUAUUUUCUUUUAUUUAUUUAUUUAUUUUCUUUUAUUAUUUUUCUUUUUACUUGUUUUUCCGUUUUGAUAGGUACUGUGUUUAUAGUAAUUUGGCACGUUUACGUUUAAGCGAGUCUUGUACUCAUCCGUGUAAUGUGGAUAAAUAAAAUACCUACCUACCUACCUCAAUACUAAGUAGUGUAAGCGCGUGACCCAGCGUCAUUUUGGCGCGAAAAAGUGGUAGCCGUCGUCAUUCUACUACGAAUUUUCGCGCGAAUGUCGUGGUGGCGAAAACAAGAUAUUAAAUUUUAAAAGUUUUAUCAUUUUGCGAUUGGGAGAGCUCGUAACCUCUUUCACUAAAGAUAGCAAUGCUAUUUUUUCUAGGGAAAAAUGGUAGAAUGAAGCUUUCCGGGAAGUCUACAUUUUAAGGAGACGCGAAAAAACUUCAAGUCAAAUCUCGUACUCGUAGUCGUCCUCGUCCACGAAUCUAAGGGUGUCAAAAGCAGAAAGAUUUGAGAUCUAAGAACAUUUAAGAUUUGCAAACUUUCUAAGUUUAGGAAAACACGUAGAAACCUCCGUGACAGUUGUUUUUGAAUAGCGUGACAACCAUUCUGAAAUAGUUGCUAAUGAUGUAAUGGUCUAGAACUGGAAACGUAAAGGAUCAUGCGAUUGUAAAACACGUGCGAGAUUGAAGAAGACAAGAAUGUCUGUAGAAAGUUGUUCCUUUUGAUGUGAUUAGACCAAAGAAAAGGAGCCAGAUAGUUAUUUGAUGUCUCGUGUUGGCAUCUUAGCGUUUACGGAAUCGAACGAAAGGUCUCUAUUAUUUCAGCUUAAACGUAUAUCUGUGCCCCUCUUUCUUGAAAAUUGGCCACCUACAAAAUAAGACGUUUCCCACAGGACACUUUCUCAGGGGUGCUUAUAAAACAAUUCCUAGUUUAAACUCUAUUAUUCUUCAGACCAAAUAAGUAAGCGAUAGACGUCUGAGACAAUUAAUCACAACUGUAACACUUCAUGUGGACUGAUCCAGUAUGGUUUAUUCAAGCGCUGGAAAGUUGGAUUUGUUUUUUAGCUUCAACUACGUGACCUCCAGCUUCAACUGCUUGAGCUUUUCCUUGUUUUGUCCUAGUUUUUUGUAGGUUGAAUCGAUACCUUCUUCCGGUUGUUUGUUUGUUUCCUGGUCCAAAAGAGGAAGCAGGGAGUCAUAACUCUAAUCUGUUUCUUUCACUUUUUUGUUACUGGUAACAAACUGAAUUCAUCAAUCAUAUCCGGAAUCUUGAACAUAGGCGUGUAGCUUCCAAAGUUAGGAUAGGAAAUCAAUUUAAAAAUAGAAACUGGAAGAUUUACAAUCCCCAAAACUCCUGAAGACCUUAGAAUCUGUGAUCAUUGCAACCAAUAUUCGAUUGAAAAUGAACUGCACAUAUGAUUUCACUGUGAUCAAUACAAUGAUUUGAGAAAGACUCUUUUUAUUAAAAUCAACGACCGAAAUACGUUAGUUACAAAGUACAAUAUCCAUGAUAAAGUUUGUUUUCUUUUUAACAAUACUGAUUCACAUAUCAGCAGGCUAGCUGCUAAUUUCAUCUUUCAAGCAUUUGAAAGACGAAAGAAACAUAGUUAAUUCUAACGUUCCAUCAUAUCUUCAUUUCCUUAAAUUUAGCUGUUUAUUAUCGUUAUUUUAAUCGGUAACACCUGUACAAAAUGGUAAUACUGAAUGAACUUGUUGUUGUUGGAAUGCAUUUCACUAAAUUAAAUAAGCUCCCCUAUCUCGAUAACCCGCACCCCACUCAAGUGUGCUUGAAAUAAAUAAGCCCCAAGGGAGCUUAACAGAGGAUUUAUAGUCAUAGAGGUUCCACUAUAUUGUCUGUAUGAAUGCUGCAUGAUAAGCCUAUAUUACAAAUUAUAGAUGUGUGUUAUUUAACAGCAACAACAACAACAACUUUAUUGACUUUAUCUUCGACAUGAAGAUUUCAGUACCACAACGAUCAAUUUGAUGACAAAUGAAACGAAGUAAAAUAAAGGUUAAGUAAGAAAGAAAGAAACAACAACUAUAUACUGAAUAUUAACAUAAAAAGAAAAACUACUUGACUAUGUACGGCUUCUACGCUACUCGUAUUUACCAAAGCACAGGGAACUCUCAGAACCAAAUAUCAAGUGAGCAAAUGAUUAACUGACCCCUGUCGAAGAAUUCGUCAUUUUGAAGGGGUCAUUUAAAAUUUUAGUCAUGUAGUCAGUUGGUGCAUGAUCUGGAACCACUUUUUCUUGAGCAAGUUUUCUAAUUUUCCACAUAUCCUUGACAACACCACCUUUAACUACGUCAUUUAGACUUUGCACCACCUGGCGACAAACUUUAUGUUUGCGUCAACAAAACAAUUAAUGUGCAUUUACCCCCGUAACUAAUGAUGUUUCUCCUUUCUGUUGAAAGGUACCCUAACCAUAACCCCUAAAAAGAAGAACAAGCUCAAUGGCCUUUGAGUGCCAACAGUGCAGCAAGUGUUUUAGCCAAGCAAGACACCUAAGGAUUCAUGAAGGAGUUCACACUGGGAAAAAGCCUUACGAAUGUAAACAGUGUGGCAAGUGUUUUAAUCAAACAGAGAGCCUAAGGCGUCAUGAGAGAGUUCACACUGGGGACAAGCCUUACGAAUGUAAACAGUGUGGCAAGUGUUUUAGUCAAGCAGGAAGCCUUAGGAGUCAUGAAAGAGUUCACACUGGGGAAAAGCCUUACGAAUGUAAACAGUGUGGCAAGUGUUUUAGUCGAGCAGCAACCCUAAAGAGGCAUGAAAGAGUCCACACUGGGGAAAAGCCUCAUGAAUGUAAACAAUGUGGCAAGUGUUUUAGUCGAACAGGAAGCCUAAGAAGUCAUGAAAGACUUCACACUGGGGAAAAGCCUUACGAAUGUAAACAGUGUGGCAGGUGUUUUAGUCGAGCAGCAACCCUAAAGAGGCAUGAAAUAGUUCACACUGGGGAAAAGCCUUAUGAAUGUAAACAAUGUGGCAAGUGUUUUGGCCGAGCAGGAUACCUAAGGAAUCAUGAAAGAGUUCACACUGGGGAAAAGCCUUGUGAAUGUAAACAGUGUGGUAAGUGUUUUAGUGAAGCAGGAAGCCUAAGGAAACAUGAAAAAGUUCACACUGGGGAAAAACCUUAUGAAUGUAAACAGUGUGGUAAGUGUUUUAGUGAAGCAGGAAGCCUAAGGAAACAUGAAAUAGUUCACAUUUCGGAAAAGCCUUACGAAUGUAAACAGUGUGGCAAGUGUUUUAGUCGAGCAGCAACCCUAAAGAGACAUGGAAUAGUUCACACUGGGGAAAAGCCUUAUGAAUGUAAACAAUGUGGCAAGUGUUUUGGCCGAACGGGAACCCUGAGGAAUCAUGAAAGAGUUCACACUGGGGAAAAGCCUUAUGAAUGUAAACAAUGUGGCAAGUGUUUUGGCCGAGCAGGAUACCUAAGGAAUCAUGAAAGAGUUCACACUGGGGAAAAGCCUUAUGAAUGUAAACAGUGUGGUAAGUGUUUUAGUGAAGCAGGAAGCCUAAGGAAACAUGAAAUAGUUCACACUUCGGAAAAGCCUUAUGAAUGUAAACAGUGUGGCAAGUGUUUUGGUCGAGCAGCAACCCUAAAGAGACAUGGAAUAGUUCACACUGGGGAAAAGCCUUAUAAAUGUAAACAGUGUGGAAAGAGCUUUAGCGUGGCAGGAAACCUAAAACACGCUGGGGAAAAUCAUAAUGAAUGUAAGAAGUGUGGCAAGUGGUUUAAUCAAGCAGUAAACUUGAGCAAGCGUGAAAACAUACACACUCUGGUAAAGUCGCGUAAAUUUUCCCAGAAAAACAAAAGUCUGUCUAAACGUUCGGAAUCAUGUAAACAGAAUAGAGCAGGAGGUGAAAACGCUAAUGUUAGGGCCAUAGGUUUUACAAACGACCUGGGGACACAAAGAGAAACUGGAAACACCGGUGUAACAAAUGCACAAUCGGUCAUAAUUGAGAAACACAGCUGUUGGAUUUGUCAAGAGGAGAUGAGUAGUGAGGCUCUUCUUCUUCAACAUUAUGAAAAUCAUAUGACCUUUGUUUGGGUAGAGGAUUCUUAA